AUGUGGUCAGUUGGGAGCAAGAGAACAGGUUUAAUUGGCGUGAAGAGGGGCAUGUCCUUUAUUUACAACGAACUAAAUCAGAAAGUACCAGUAACUCUAAUUGAAAUCGAGAAGAACAGAGUAAAUCAGUUGAAGAAGCCAUCUUCCACUAACGAACACCACUUCGUACAACUACAAUCUAGGAAUCAAUUGAAGGAAUUCCCUGUCACAGAAAACGGUAUCAUCCCAAUCAACACUGAACUUAACGUUUCCCAUUUCAUUCCUGGUCAAUUCGUCGAUAUACAGGGUACCUCCAAUGGUAAAGGUUUUGCGGGUGUUAUGAAGCGCUGGAAUUUCAAAGGUUUAAGAGCCUCCCAUGGUACUUCCAUUUCACACAGAUCACAAGGUUCGACCGGUCAGAACCAAGACCCAGGUAGAGUCUUCCCUGGUAAGAAAAUGGCAGGUAGAAUGGGUGGUGAAACGACGACAGUGCAAAAUUUGAAGGUCAUCAGAAUAGACACCAUAAACAAUCUCUUGUUAGUAAAGGGCGCUAUCCCAGGUAGAGACAACAACUUGGUUUAUAUUAAGGAUGCAGUCAAGAAAAUGCUCAUAGACACAAAGAACAAAGCAAGGAAAUUUGGUUACACAGCCCAACAGGCAUUGCCAUACGGUGUAGACGAUCUCCCUAUGCCAACUAUCAGCCAAGAGAUGGCUAAGUCACUACCAGCAGUCUUGCAAGCACCUGCCAAACCACAAAAAGAUUAA